GCACGAUUUCAUCUUCUUGGCUAAAUGACUUUUGUGCCAGUGAUACCAGAAUCCUACAGCCAUGUUCUCGCAGAGUUUGAGUCACUGGAUCCAUUACUCUCAGUCCUUCGGCUGGACUCCAGUCAUCUAAAGUGCACGAGCAUAGCUGUGUCUCGGAAAUGGUUGGCACUGGGCAGUUCAGGAGGAGGGCUCAAUCUCAUUCAGAAAGAAGGCUGGAAGCACAGGCUUUUACUUUCACACGGGGAAGGUGCAAUUUCUCAGAUUUCCUGUUGUUCACCUGAUGAUGAUUUUGUUGCUGUAGCUACCAGUUAAGGUCUUGUAGUUGUUUGGGAAUUAAAUCAAGAGCGUCGUGGGAAACCAGAACGAAUAUAUGUGUCUUCAGAACACAAAGGCCGAAAAGUUACAGCUCUCUGUUGGGACACAACUAUUCUUAGAGUUUUUGUAGGUGAUCAUGUGGGGAAAGUUUCUGCCAUCAAACUCAACACUUCUAAACAAGCAAAGACAGCUGCUGCCUUUGUGAUGUUUCCUGUUCAGACAAUAACAACAGUUGACUCCUGUAUUGUACAGUUAGAUUAUUUGGAUGGAAGACUGCUUAUAUCUUCACUUACUCGAUCCUUCUUGUGUGACACUGAGAGAGAAAAGUUUUGGAAAAUUGGAAACAAGGAAAGAGAUGGGGAAUAUGGAGCAUGUUUCUUCCCUGGAAAAUGUUCUGGGAGUCAGCAACCUCUGAUAUAUUGUGCUCGUCCUGGCUCCAGGAUAUGGGAAGUGAACUUUGAUGGGGAGGUUCUGAGUACACAUCAGUUCAAGAAACUCCUCUCAUUGCCACCUCUCCCUGUAAUUACUCCAAGGUCAGAGCCUCAGUAUGAUCAUAUGGCUGGAUCCACCCAAUCUUUGUCAUUCCCCAAACUUUUGCGUCUUAGUGAGCACUGUGUGCUGACUUGGACAGAAAAAGGAAUCUAUGUUUUCAUUCCUCAGAAUGUACAAGUUCUUCUUUGGAGUGAAGUGAAAGAUAUUCAGGAUGUGGCUGUCUGCAAGAAUGAACAUCUGUCCUUGUUGUCAGUGGAGCGCUGUGUGGAACGCCUGCUAAGGAGAGGGCUGUGGGACCUGGCUGCUUGCACCUGCUGUCUAUUCCAAAAUUCUAUCAUUGCCAGCAGAGCAACAAAAACUUUGUCCGUAGAUAAAUUGGAGCAUUUGAAAUCUCAGCUGGACUUUGCAAUCAAUAGUGAUCUAAUUUCUAAACUGGAUGAAUUGAUCUUAAAAUUUGAACCUUUGGAUUCAGCUUGCAGUAGUAGAAGAAGUUCUGUUUCAUCACAUGAAAGUUUUAGCAUCUUGAACUCUGGUAUUUAUCGUAUCAUUAGUAGUAGAAGAGGCAGUCAGUCAGAGGAAGACUCUUGCUCCCUUCAUAGCCAGACCUUCUCAGAAGAUGAGAGACUUAAAGAAUUCAGUUCCCAUCAAGACGAGGCCCGGCCGGAUCAGGGCUGUAGCCCACAUGGCAGUGAAGACAAUGUUUCUCAUGGUCCAGUGACGUUCGAGACAGAUAAGAAUGAAACUUUUCUCCCCUUUGGCAUUCCUUUUCUUAUCAUUUUCAUUUCUCCAUCUGCCUUUCUGGCGCGCAUUACCUACGGUCAUGCAGCUCUAAAUUCCCAUUUUAUCAUAUUUGAUCUUUUAAACCUACCUCACAAAACCCCUGAGGUGGAUCGGGGAACUAGUCAACUGCCAGAAGAAGACAGGUUCCAAGAGCUCACAUUAGCAACAGUGGAAGCAAUGACCAAGCUGCUGGACCCUCUGGUUUUAUUUGAACCCAAGUCACAGUUAGAAGAAUCAUUUGCUAUGAAGGACUUUGCAGGCAUUUCAGAUACUGGCAAUUCACCAGUGAAAUCAAACCAGGAUGUGCUACUGCUUUGUGAGUCAAAAAAGGAAACAAUAGAUGAAGAUAAUGAAAAAGAAAAAAGGGACUCUUUAGGAAUUGAAGAAACUCUUGGCCAAAUAGCAUGUGACUCUGUAAGUAGUCUGAGGGAGUCCUCAGGUGACUUUUUUCGAGUAUGUUCUCCAUACACCAUAGCAAACAGUCUUCAGAAGGAUCUGGCUCAAUUGACAACAUUGUGUUUGGAACUGAAUGUAUUGAAUUCCACGAUCCAAAGUACAAGUGAACAUGUGGACCACGCAUUACAACAGGUUUAUUCUGAAAUCCUGGCUUGUCAGUUCCUAAAGAAGUAUUUUUUUCUUCUGGACUUGAAAAGAGCAAAAGAGAGUAUCAAACUUAGUUAUGCUAAGAGCCCUUGUGUUUGGGAGACUUUUAUUAAAGGACUGAAAGAAAUGGCAAGUUCCAAUCCUUCAUAUAUGGAAGAAGGAGACCUACCCACGAGAUUAAAGUUAUUUGAUGACUUGAUUCUUUUUGAUAGUCCUCUGUUGAUUGCUUAUGCUAGCCUUUUGUAUGAGAAGUUUGGGGAACCUGCCCUUCAAUCUUUAAUCAGGAUUUAUCCAUCUAUUUUGCCUUCGGAUAUUAUGCAGCUUUCUCAUCAUCAGCCUGCUCAGUUUUUGGCCUAUUUAGACAGUCUGGUGAAAUCAAGGCCUGAAGAUCAGCGAUCAUCCUUCCUUGAGUCCCUUCUACAACCAGAAUCUUUAAGAUUGGAUUGGCUGCUGUUGGCAGUGUCCCACAAUGCUCCAGCAAGCACAAGCCUUAUGGAUGAUGAAGGACACCCCAGGUCUCAUUCACACUUGAUUUCCUGGGGUUACAGUGAACUUAUCCUUCAUCUAAUUAAACUUCCUGCAGAUUUUACAACCAAAGAGAAAAUGACUGACAUCUGUAGGUCUUGUGGUUUUUGGCCUGGAUAUCUUACUCUCUGUUUGGAGCUGGAGAGGAGAAGAGAGGCCUUCACCAACAUUGUGUGUCUGAAUGAUAUGAGCCUGAUGGAAGGGGACAAUGGUUGGAUUCCAGAGACUGUGGAGGAAUGGAAGCUUCUCCUACAUCUCAUACAGAGCAAGAGCUCAAGGCUGGUCCCCCAGGAGUCACUAAAUGGGAACCUCAGUGAUGGGCCUUCCCCCAUCAACGUGGAGAACAUUGUGCUCCUGUUAGCUAAGGCCAUGGGCCCAGAUCAGGCCUGGUCCUUGCUACAGGAAUCUGGUCUGGCCCUUGAGUUGUCAGAGAAGUUUACCAGAACCUGUGAUAUUCUGAGGAUUGUGGAGAAAAGGCAGAGAGCCUUGAUACAAAGCAUGCUUGAAAAGUGUGAUCGGUUUCUGUGGUCUCAGCAGGCCUGAUGGAAGAUUUAGCAGGAUGUGAUAACAUUUAGGAAAAAAUGUUCCUGAGCCUUCAGGAUGCAUUUGUUACUGAAGAAAAGGCACCACCCAGAAGCCCUGCCACCUUAUCGGGGCUAUAGUUAUCAGUGUCUGUACCUUGGCAUUUGUGGCUCUGUGACCUCAGCACCUCUCAAUCAAAGUUGGAUUUUGAGAGAAGUCAGCCCUUGCUUGCUGGAAUCAGAAUGUGGGUGUUUACAGCUGUGUAGUAUUGAUUCUGAACCACAGUGUUACUGCAGAAUGAUUGAGGAUUGGGGCUCUUCUGUUGGGACCAGAAGUAUUUUGUCACAUGAACAUAGAUAAUGUUAUUAACUGGAGUUGAAUUCUUUUUGUAUUUUGUCUGGGGCAGUUUAGAAAUUACUGAAAUAGGACUGGGAAUGUGGAAUUGACAUGUAUAAUGAAAUACUAAAGAUUCAAAUUCAAUAUUUAAAUGAAAUUCCCCAUAUCUAAAUUGAGCUAAUUUAUUUUUUUUCUUCAAUUGACUAAUUCAUUACUGGAAAUAGUUUCUGUAAUCUUUUCCUAAACAGAGUAGCUCAA